CCACUCUCUGCCUACACUGUUUCCCAUGACGGCGCUAGCUUCGGCUCGCCAUCCCACCUCAGACAUGGAGGUGCCUCUGUUCAGCUGACGCCUGCUGCCGGCCGCACCGCGACCUCUGGAGGGUUAGGCCAGGAGGAACGGACACGGGACAGCCAACCAGUGACCCGGCACGGACCCUGACGGAUCUGACGCAGCUCCGGUCCCGGGCACUUGGACAUCAAAGGGGCAAAAGGGCAGGUGCUAGAGCCCCUGUAGCCCCCCUUCUCUGCACGUGCCUGCUAGGAGAGAUGAUUGUGGCGGCGGACGAGGACAGGCUGACCAGCCGGGACGUCCUCUACGUGGCGGACAAGAAGACCCGGAGUGAACCCUGCUGCUCCACACUCAAGAUGUUCAUCGUAGCGCUGUCCUUCGCCUACUUCUCCAAAGCACUGUCGGGCACCUACAUGAAGAGUGCCAUCACCCAGAUCGAGAGACGCUUCGACCUCUCCAGCUCCCUCAUCGGACUCAUAGAUGGCAGCUUCGAGAUGGGUAAUCUGCUCUUCCUGGCGUUCGUGAGCCACUUUGGGGCAAAAAUGCAUCGGCCUCGCCUGAUCGGGAUUGGCUGCUUCCUGAUGGCCGUGGGCUCACUACUGACCGGCCUGCCACACUUCUUCAUGGGACGGUAUAAGUUUGACACAGUGAUCCAGAGCUGGGAGAAUGACAGCAUGAGAAUCAGUCCCUGUCUGGACUCCAGAGCAGCGCAGGAUCACCCAGAGGUCCAGAUCGAGAUCUCGCAGGACAUCGACGCAGACUGUGUGAGGGAUUCAGGUUCCCACAUGUGGAUCUACGUGUUUUUGGGGAACGCCCUGAGGGGUAUCGGGGAGACGCCAGUCACGCCUCUGGGGAUCUCCUACAUCGAUGACUACGCCAAGGCAGAGAACUCCGCCUUCUACAUUGCUUGUUUGCAGACGAUCACCCUGCUAGGACCAAUGUUUGGCUUCCUGUUGGGCUCUAUGUGUGCCAGACUUUACGUGGACAUCGGCUUUGUUGACGUCGAGAGUGUGACCAUCACCCCUAAGGAUGCCCGCUGGGUGGGUGCAUGGUGGCUUGGCUUCUUCGUGUCAGCGGGCAUCAUGCUGCUGUCAGGCAUCCCCUUCUGGUUCCUGCCCCGCACGCUGCCCAAGCAGGGCGAGCUGCCCAACAACCCCUACACCCUGCCCGAGACGCCCGACCCGAGCACCGACGCCAAUGCCGCCAAGCUCGCCGCCAUCGCUAAAGGCUUCCUGCCCUGUCUGAAGCGUCUCUUGUCCACGCCUGCCUACUUCCUGUUGCUGUGUGGCGUGGUGCUGAAGUUCAACUCCUUCAUUGGCCUGCUGACCUUCAAGGCCAAGUACAUGGAGCAACAGUUCGGCCAAUCAGCAUCCAGAGCCAACUUCCUGAUUGGUGUGCUGAACCUGCCAGUGGUGGCGGUGGGCAUCUUCCUGGGGGGCGUAGUGAUGAAGCGCUACAAGCUGAGCGUGGUGGCGGGGGCGCAGCUGUCCUUCCUCACCUCCUUCGCUGCGUACCUCCUCCUCCUCCUCCAGUACAGCACCAAGUGUGACAAUGUCCAUGUCGCCGGACUCACCGUCUCCUACAACGGGACUCCUGGAGUGUCCUUUGAUGACCACACACUGUUCUCUGAGUGCAACAGGAAGUGCUCAUGUGCAUCGGACGAGUGGGAUCCUGUCUGCUCACAGAACGGCAUCACAUACAUGUCCCCCUGCCUAGCGGGCUGCACCGGCUCUACUGGGCACGGCAAACACACGGUGUUCCAUAACUGCAGCUGCGUGUUGGACUCCUCGCCAGUAGAUGGCAGCACCUCCGUGUCUCUGGGCCAGUGUCCACGGGGGCCGGACUGCAGCCGCAGCUUCACCUCCUACAUGGCCGUGUCCGUGCUCAGCUCCUUCAUCAACUCACUGGGCACCACCCCCGGAUACAUGGUCAUCAUACGGUGCAUCAGUCCCGAGCUGAAGUCUCUGGCGCUGGGGAUUCAGACACUUGUGAUGAGAACUCUGGGAGGCAUUCCGGCGCCGGUGUAUUUUGGGGCGCUCAUCGACUCCACAUGCCUGAAGUGGGGAACCAAGAGGUGUGGGGGCAAGGGAGCCUGCCGCAUGUACGACACAGACAUGUACCGGGUGAUAUUCCUGGGCCUGAUUACCUGUCUGAGCGGCUGCUCCUACUUCUUCAUCAUGGCUGUGAUCGUGCUGCUGAAGCGGCAGUUUGACCGGGAGAAAGCCACGCCCACGGAGCAGGGCAGAGCCCCGACACCACCAGGGGGCGCCAUCGAGCUGCUCCACCACCACCAGCACCCCCACCCCCACCCCUAUCCCCACCCCAGCCCGCACCCCAAAGAGGAGGGGGUCCCCAACGCUCUGGCGGCAGCCUGCGAGAUGUCCAAACCACAGGCCUGCAGUGAGGAGCAGGCCGAGGGAACCGAGGGAGACGCAGAACCGCAGCACUCUCCCUCUCCUCCCUCAACUCCACGGAGCAGCAGCACUGCUAGAACAGCUAGUCCGCCGUCGCUAGGCCGAGUAGACGAGGAUCAGAGCGAGAACCCGGACGGCGGUUCUGAUGAGAACCAGCACACAGACCCAAAAGCAGGUCCCCCGGAGGGCUAAGGACAGAGCUGGCCCUCUCCGACCCCACAGCACUAUCCGUCUGUCUGCCUGUCUGUCUGUGUGUUUGUGUUUGUGUCUGUCUGUCUGUGUGUCUGUCUGUCUGUCUGUCUGCCUGUCUGUCUUUCUGUCUGUCUAUCUGUGUGUGAGUGU